GGGACAGCAGGGGCUGAGUUUGUGGAGAAGCACAGAACUGACUUGAUCAACAGAGUUUCUCUGGUGGAGCCCAUUGCAGAUUACCUGAAAGCUCAGAUUGGUGAUGAGAAAUACACAAUCAUCUUACAGUCAGGAACAUCCCAUGAGAAAAUGAGAAAUCUUCUGUCUUUCCUGACAACACCUACACUGAAAGAGAAACUUUACCAAAGCCUUUUAAAACAUGAGCCCUACCUUGUAGAUGAUUUGGAAAAUUCUGGCUGACUGGAAUACAUAAUCUUCCUCUGUAAGAGCACCUGAGACUGGAUGACAGAAAUCAAGUUCAGUGAACAUGUGAAGAUUCUUGUGCAUAUAAAGUUUGAAUAGAUCAUCUCCAGUCAAGAACACUUCACCAAGAGCUUUUAAAAUCCAUCAUGGAUGUGAAAUGGACUAUGUAUGGUGCUCUAUUAUUUACACAUUCACAAAUUAUAUUUGAACUAUCAACACAUGAAAGGCCUGUGAUAGUAAAGUCAGCCCAAAUAAAAAUAUUAGUUAAAAUAAUUAAACAUUAAGGUAUGUGGUUAAGACUUAGAGUAAAGAUUUUUUUUUUUUUUUUUAUUGUAUUUUUUUGUUACACACCAUUGCCAGUGAGUAUGGAUGUAUUUACCAAAUUACUUAUUUAAAUGUUCUUUGAAUGCAUUGAAACAGGGCCAUAUCCACCUCAGACUGUCAGAUUAGUGGUUGACCAAUAUUGGUUCUUCUUGUUGAUGUUUACAUUAAAACAUUUGAUCUUCCCAAUACUGAAAACUGAAUGUGGUUGCAUUCUUGCACUGAACAGACCAAUCAAUG